AUGUUCUCGACGCUGCAGUCCUUCCUGCCGUCCGCGCUCCAGAACAACAGCAACACCAAUCAUGCCAACAGCGACAACAGGCCGCCGCCGGGCAUAAAGCUUCCCUCGGGCGAGCACGAGGAUCGCCCGCCCGACGCGCGCGCGAUGAACGCGGACGAGAUGGGCACGUUCAUCAUCGUCCGCCCACCGCCCUCCAAGUCGAACCACCCCCUGAACCUCCAGGUCCAGCUCGUGCCGCCCCAGCACCGCGAGCGCUCCGCCACCGGAGGCCGCUCCUCCCUCGACUCCUCCGCCGAACCGGGCGUGAUCAACCUCUCCCGCACGUCCACCAACCGGUCCGACACCACCUCGAUCUACUCCUCCUACUCCUCCGCCGCCUCUCUCAACUCGGUCGCCACCGCCUCCUCCACCUCCUCCGGCCGGCGCAUGAUCAUCCCCCUGUACAACCUCCAAGCGCACAACGUGAUGACGAACGUCGUCGUCGACGCCGGCACCGACGCCAAGAUCGCGCGCUUCCUCAGGCGCGGGCUCGAAGUCAUCGGCCUCGCCGUGCUCGAGCCCGUCGAAGUCUUCGGCCCCGCCGGCUACACGCACACGCACGCCCAGCAGUCGUCCACCACCACCUCGCCCGCCCGCCGCAGCGUCGACGACGCGCACCGGCUCUCCGCCUACAGCCGCUCCGGCACGCCGGACCCCCCGCACACCCCGGGCUCCUCGCACCUCUCCCUCACCUCCACCGCCGACUCGCACGGACACCUCCCGCCGCCGCCGCCGCCCCAUUCCUCCCUCCCGCCCGUCGCCGAGCUCAGCACCCCGCCGCCCUCCACCGGCCCCAAAAAGCUCUUCGGCAAGCUCUUCCGCUCGCGCAAAGACUCGGCCCCGGGCCCCACCCCGCCCAGCUCUCCCUCGCCCCCCACCCCCACCCCGUACAAACGCGCCUCGCUCGUCCUCACGUCCCCCACCCCGCCCACCUCCGCCGACCCGACCCCGACCUCGUCCGCGAUCUCCAACGGCGGCCCGGGACCGGGCCAGCCCGUGCUCCAGCCGGAGAUCCUCGGCAUCCGCCCGUCGCUGCUCGCGCCGACCAACCCGCCCGUCGGCCGCCCGAGCGCGUACGUCUGGGUCGUGCGCCGCUGGCUCAAGGGCGCGCCCGAGGGCGUGCUCGGCGGCAUGAUCGCGCAGUUGGACGCGCGCCGGCGCGAGCGCGGGCCCGGCGGAGGGGGCGGGGAGGUCGAGCUGCGGUUCGAGUGGACGAAGGCGCGGCAGAGGGCGUCGCGUGCGAGCGGGAGGAGGCGGUCGGUGCGGCGCGGGGGGAGCGAGGGCGGCGAGAGGCGGGCGAGCGUCGCGUUGUCGUCGCAGUCGUCGCUGCAUGGCGGCGGCGAGGAGGCGGGCGCGACGAGCGCCGGGGCGGGCGGGAAGACGCCGCGGGCGCGGGCGGGCGGGUUCGCGCGGAGGUCGCUCGAUCGGGGCAGUUUGAGCACGCAGGAGCAUGAGCAUGAGCACGACGAGGGCGGGGAGGCGGCGGCGGAGCGGACGCCGCGCCCUGCGUCGGGGUUUGCGCCGAGGGAGGACGACGGGGAGGAGAGCGACCCGGAGGACUCGGAGACGCCGUGGAUGUGCUACCUCGUCCUGCGGCGCGUCUACCCCGGGCUCGGGUUGAACCUCGGUUCAGGAUCAGGAUCAGGAGGGGCAGGAGGAGGGGGAGGGGCAGGAGGGACCGAGGAGCAGGUGAAGACGCGGGUGGCGAGCUUGUCGCCGACGCCGCAUCAUCCCAAGGUGGUCGCGAUGCUCAAGGUGCCGUUUCCGCUGCCGGACGUGGACGUGGAGAGGAUGGGCGUGAGGCCGCGGGUGGUGACGCCUGCGGGCGUGGCGCGGCCGGCGGUCGAGGAGGGCGGCGCGGCGGUGGGUGGGGCAGGGGGAGGGGCUGGGGGAGGGGGCGUGGUGUUGACGGCGGAGGAGAUCAAGGACGUGGUGUCGGCCACGGGGAUGUGGGUCGUCGUGAGGGAGGGUAUCGGCGGGGUGGGCAAGGUCGCGAGGAAGGGCGACGGGUGGCGGUUGAGGGGGUGA